UUAUUAGGAUGCUUUGUGACUUUGUUUUUAAUGUACAUCAAACCGUCUACAAGCUGGUUGUCAGGCCCGGUCGAGUCAGAAACAUCCACAGCCCGAGUGAAGAGCCUCCUUUCCUCCCGAAGUGAGCAGAACCAGACCACCAUCCUGGUCUGGCUUUGGCCUUUCGGCGAAACCUACGACCUGAACGUCUGCAGCUCUUUGUUCAGCAUCGAUGGCUGCUUCAUCACCGCCGACCGAAACCUUUACAACAAAUCCGACGCCGUGGUCAUACAUCACAGGGACAUCACCAGCGACCUGUCCAACAUGCCACCGGCGUAUCGGCCCACGUUGCAGAGAUGGAUUUGGAUGAACUUCGAAUCACCUUCGCAUUCAUCUCAGUUACCUGGAAUUGAAAACUUGUUUAAUUUAACUCUAAACUAUCGGCAGGAUGCUGAUAUAGAAGUGCCUUAUGGAUCGAUUGUCGCAGCCCAAGGAGAGGAGGACUUCGUGCCGCCAAGCAAGAACAAGCUGAUUUGUUGGAUCGUCAGCAAUUGGAACCCAGAUCACGUCAGAGUGAAAUACUACAAUGAACUCUACAAGCACAUCGAGGUUCAUGCAUAUGGACAAGCAUUUGGUGAGUACAUUUCCGACCAGGACUAUUUCCCUACAAUCGCAAGCUGUAAAUUCUAUUUGGCAUUCGAGAACUCGAUUCACAAAGACUAUAUCACUGAGAAAUUGUACAACCCGCUUUCCGUUGGCACCGUACCUGUUGUGCUCGGACCACCAAGGGAGAACUAUCAGAACUUCGUGCAGGGAAAUGCUUUCAUCCACGUUGAUGACUUCCCGUCUCCGAAGGAGCUGGCUGAUUAUCUCCUGUUCCUUGACAAAAACGAGGAGCUUUACCUGAAGUACUUUGACUGGCGUAAACACUUUAAGGUGAAAAAGGCGUACUUCUGGGCCGAGCACACGUGUCUGGCUUGCGAUUACGUCAGAAGGCACAAUGAGUACAAAGCAAUUAACAAUCUUGACAAAUGGUAUUGGGGUUAAUUCACAACUGAACCACUGGACCAGAUUAAUGAAAGUGGCUUGACAAUAAGAGCUUCAUAUAACUUAAUUCCAAUGAGGGUCUGUUGUGAGCACUUGCAGACUUUUAUUUUUGUAAAAUGUCCCAAAGUAGAUGUACAUUUCUUUCGUGUUCGGUUUCACGCGUUUAUUAAUCUGGACGCAAAUUAUGCAGUUUAGAGUUUAGUAUGUAUUUAUUUGGAAAGCUGAUUUUGACCAAAAUGCACACAU